AUGGCCAAGUUGCUCCUUAUAGUUAUCUGCUGUGCGCUGGCGGCCCGCAGUGUGGCAGGCGCUGCACCACAACAAACACAACAACAAUUGCAGCGCUUGAUUGCCGAGGAGCAGAGCAAGUGCGCCAGUGGCGAAGAUUCGAUGGCCUGCAUUAAAGAGCGUGCCAUGCGUUUUGUGGACACAGUGCUAAGCAAAGAUAGCUAUAAACUAUCCAAUUUGGAGGUGCGCGCCAAUGGCUAUAAGGCAGCGGUGUCAAAUGAGGCUCGUGGUCAGAGUGCCGAUGGUUUCAUUGCUGCGAUUGAGAACUAUAUACAAGGACACGAUGUGACCAUGGACUUGCCUAUGGCCGAUGCCCAGGUCACCGUCUCGGCACGCAAUCUGGCCAAUGACGAGUUGAGUUUGAAUUUAAAACUGGCCGAUGGUGUCGUCGAAGGCAAGGGCAAAAAGCAUCGUUUGCGCAAAAUGGCCAUGCCCAUUAUGGUUCUCAUACUGCUGAAGGCUAUCACAGUCAUACCGAUGGCCAUUGGCAUCUUGAAGAUAAAGGCAUUAAAUGCACUCGGCUUGGGCUUCUUCUCUUUCCUUGUCUCGGUUGGUUUGGCCAUUUUCCAAUUGUGCAAAAAGAUUGCGGCUGAUCAUCACCACACCGCACACAUCACAGCGCACGGUCCUUGGGAUGGACGCAUGUUCAACGCUGCCGCCGAAGCUGUCGCCCCCGCGUCCGUGCUGGAGCAGCCCCAACAAAAUGUGGCCGCACAUAAACUGGCCUACCAGGGCUAUGUCUAA